AUGAGUUCUGCCCCUGGACGCUUUGACGCGCUAUUAACGCAGCUAGCGCAGCAACAUGGCAGCGUCGAGUCAUUGCUAGACACGUUUUUUGACUUUUUGCAUCGCAAAACUGAUUUUUACGCGGUUUCCAAGGACCCAGAGAGACACAAGAUGGGAUUUUUACCAGGUCAAGCGCAGCAAAAGGUGCUGAAAGUCUUUCAGAAGUAUUCAAUUACGAGACUGGACGAAUGUAAUACCACCAAUGUGACUGAAAAGAUAAAGCAGACGAUGACAAAUGUGUCGGUACCUACUGCAAGAGCAGCAGAAGCUUCAAUUGCUGCUAAGAAAGAGCCAAAGGUUACGGAGGAAGGCAAAUUACUUCCUGUGGGUAAUGGAGGAGUAGCACCUAAGUAUACAUGGACGCAGACGUUGGAGGAUGUCUCAAUUCAGAUGGAGGUAGCUCAAGGUACUCAAGCAAAGGACUUGGACUGUCGGAUCAAAUCUACGCGGCUGUAUGUGGCAUUGAAGAGAGACUCAACCAAACCACUUUUGGAAGGAGAGUUUCCAGAGAAAAUCCGUGCGGACGAGAGUCUGUGGUCGCUAGAGAGCAACCAUACACUCAACAUUUCACUGGAAAAGAUGAAACCGACGUGGUGGGCUAAUGCGCUGAAAGGGGAUCCGGAGAUUGACACGAACCAAGUAGAUUCGCGAAGGAAUAUUCAUGAGUACGACGAAGUCACACAAGGUGCCAUCAGGAAAGCUAUCUACGACCAACGUGAACAGCACUUAAAUGGUAGAGUGCCUCUUACACCUGAAGAGCAAAUCUUGCAGAAAGCAAAGAACUUGCCUGGUUCUCCCUUUUUGUCUUCAACAGGAUAA